AUGUAUGAGAUCAUCCCUCCCGGCUUGUCCCCUUUUGGUGGGUGGGAGACCGAAAGCUUGGACUCCCGAGGCACCGAGCCAUGUCGGAAGUUUCCCCCAUCUUCUGCAUCAUCUCAGGACCUCCAGAUCCCCUCCUACGCCCUCGCCGUCUUGACGGCCGGCGGCGGCAUCGCCGGGUACGCCAGGACGCGCUCCGUCCCGUCCAUCGUCGCCGGAUGCGCAGUCGGUCUCCUCUACGGCCUCGGCGGCUACCGCAUCCAGAACAACGAGCCCUACGGCGUCGAGCUGAGCCUCCUCGCCUCCGCGGUCCUCGGCGGCUCCGCCAUCCCCCGCGCCAUCCGCCUCCGCAAGCCCGUCCCUAUUCUUCUCAGCGUGCUGUCCGUGUUCGGUCUGUUUACGUUCGGCAAGGAGUUCAGUCGCAGUCUUUGA